GGCAGACGAUCAGUUGGCUGCCAGCCGAACUGGGAUGUGGAUGUAGACGCGAUGUUCUUGUUUUGCCGGAUUUAAAAGAAAAAUAUUCUGUCGUUUCGAACGAUACUUCGAUGGAAAUAAGGUAGAAAAAGAUGGUUUCUUCCCCUACGGAAUUCUAGAUAAUGAUCUGGCAAAGGUUGCGACUUUGUCCAGUCAUCUACUUACUAAUAUGGAUCGCACAGGGAAUACAUUACAGAGAUGAUGAAGUGGAUCACAUAUACGUUCAGGUCGGACACAACGUCACCAUCCAGUGCAGGGAGGUGGUGGAUGCCAAAACGGUGCAUCGGAUCGAAUGGUGGAAGGAGGACAAGAAAAUCGUGGAUAUUCAGGGGGAGCACAAGUCCACGUGGGAAGCCGCUUCGCACGUGUCCAUACUGCCCAACACCUACACCCUAUACUUUCGUCGGGUGCGAACGGAGGACAGCGGAGAAUAUUCGUGCGCCGUCAACGGAAAGCGACGCAAAGACGGAGUGGUCAAGCUCUUCGUCCAGGAUGUACCCGACCCCCCUGGCAUGCCUCUAAUGAUGGGAUUUACUUCUCGAUCGGCUAAUCUCUCGUGGGCACCGAGCGGCAACAACCAUUACAGCCCUAUCAAGUACUACGUCAUCUUCCUCAGAGUAGGAGAAAAAGGACAGUGGGACUUGAGGAAAGGGAUAAAGACCCCGAACAACCACACCAGAUUCCAGGUGACGAAUUUGGAACCGUUCACAGUCUACUCCUUUCGCGUGGUGGCCGUUAACGCCAUAGGAGGGAGCGAACCCAGUAAGGAGUCGUAUUACAUGGUGACACUGCGAGAAGUGCCGGAUGGAAGGCCCACCAUCGCCAGCGCUUACAACGUCAGUAGUACGUCGAUUCGCCUGCAGUGGGCGCCACCGCCCGAGUCGACGAUACACGGAGAGUUUUUGGGAUAUCGUAUCACCUUUAGGCCUCGAGAUAAACCGGAGGAGGAAAAAGUCAUCACCAUACGCGAUCCCACCGUCAGAGGAUAUACCAUUCGCAAUUUGGCAACGUUUACGCAAUAUAUAGUAUCCGUACAAGUAUUUAAUCCGGAAGGAGACGGUCCGCCGACCAGCGUAGCAGUUAUGACGGACGAAGGAAUUCCGAGUGCCCCGUUAAAUUUAACUGUCGUCAGAGUCACGGACAGCUCGAUUCGCUUAAGAUGGCACCAACCGGAAAGGCCCAACGGCGUGGUGAGAGGAUACAAGGUCUACUAUUUACACAUGGCUCGUAAUCUUACGGAAACCCGCAAGACGACCGAUCUCCGUCGCGAUAUGGAAUUCGUUCUGGCUAAUUUAAAUCCGUACACUCAGUAUAAAAUUUGGAUAAAAGCCUACACUUGGAAGACCGAAGGAGAUUCUAGCAGAAUAAUAGACGUACGAACCGACGUGCAAGGUAAAUUUGUAAAUUAUUCUUUGAUUUAAAAGAAUAAAAC